AUGGCCUGCUGCCACAACGUAAUGCUGCUGCUGGACACCGCGGGAGGCGUCGCUGGUGAGAGCCUGGUCCGGCGAGCUGCCCUGCGCCUUCUCACUUACCUGAGUUGCAGGUUUGGCCUGGCCAGGGUCCGCUGGGCCUUCAGGUUCUUUGACUCUCAGGGGGCGCGGAACCGGCCUUCCCGCGUCUCUGACUUCCGAGAGCUGGGGGUCCGCUCCUGGGAGGAAUUUGAGGAGGAGCUGGAGGCCCGGCUCGGGGAUGGCUCCCAGGGCGCCCACCUGCCCGGCCCGGCGCCCAGGGCCAGCCACACUCACAGCGCGCUCAUGGAGACGCUGCUAGACUAUCAGUGGGACCGGCCGGAGAUCACGUCGCCCACCAAGCCGAUUCUGCGUAAUAGCGGGAGGAGACUGCUGGACGUGGAGGGCGAGGCCAGGGAGGCAAAGUCUGCGCUCGGGGGCUUUGUGAACGCCGUCUUCCUCCUGGCCCCCUGUCCGCACUCGCAGAGGGAGCUGCUGCAGUUCGUGUCCGGUUCCGAGACCCAGGCCCAGCGCCUGCCGCCUACUCCUAAGCAGGUGAUGGAGAAGUUGCUGCCCAGGAGAGUCCAGGAAGUCAUGAGAACCCGAAAAAUCACCCUCUACUGGGUGGAUACCACCGACUGGCCGAAGCUAUGGGAAUCCCCAGACCACCUUGGCUACUGGACAGUAUGUGAACUGCUCUACCAUGUGGGAGGCACCGUCUUGCCAUUUGAAAGUUUCAGCCAGGAUUUUACCAAAGCUGGGGGAACACUGCUCAGUGGUGAAAGAAAGCUGUCAAGGGAACCUCACCUUUCUCCAUGGAUUUCAACUCUGCCAGCUGAUUCCACUUUAAACUGUUUGCUCUAUAAUUCUCCUGAGUAUGAAGCCUCAUUUCCACGGAUGGAAGGAACAUUAUUUUUCCCUGUUGAAGGCAAAGAGCUUCAGGAAACAUGGACAGUCACCCUAGAGCCCUUGGCCAUGCAUCAGAGACAUUUUCAGAAACCAGUCAGAAUUUUUCUAAAAGGCACAGUGACCCAGUGGUCCCUCCCAGCAAGUGGCACUUUGGGCACCGAUAGCUGGAUGCUGCAAAGUCCUGAUGGGGACAGAUCAACUCAGAGGAUGUUAUUUCAGCAGCUGGUAAACAGGAUGACUGCUGAAGAGUUACAUCUGGUUGCCAGUGUGGACCCUGGCGAAGGCUGGCCCCCCAUCACUGGAGUUAUUUCUCCCUUCUCCGUCAGUGCUACCAUUCUCACUUUGUUCCGCACCCGGGAGACUGAAUCUCAAAGACAUCUUCUCCAGACGGUUGUGGCAGAGAGCCCCCAGGAUUCAGCUUCCCUUUUUUCUGAGGUUGUGGAUGGUGUACUGAAACAGAUUGACAGUUCUCUUGAAGUUCCUGCUGCCUCAGCCUUGCCUGUCCCAGAAUGGGCCCAGCAGGAGCUUGGCCGCAGUGCUCCCUGGACUUCAGCUGUUGUGGAGAAGUGGUUUCCUUGCUCUAACCUCAGUGGAGCCAGCUCAAGUUUGAUGGAGUCAUUUUGGUUACUACAGACUGCCUCAUCUACUAACGAAGAGCCUUCCAAAACUGAGAGUGACUUGACACGGGGCCUCUCUGAGCUCUACCAGAGAAAGUCUCGUGAAGAAUACAGUGUAUCCAAUCAGGAAGAUAGCAGAAAGAAACGAGGUGUCCCUCGAACUCCAGUGAGGAAGAAGAUGAAUACCAUGUGCCGUUCCUUAAAGAUGCUGAAUGUUGCAAGACUGAAUGUAAAGGCUCAGAAAUUACAUCCGGAUGGCAGUCCAGACACAGCUGGGGAGAAAGGGAUCCAAAAGACAGCCAAUGGGAGAACAGCAGAUAGAUUGGAAAACAGAGGAAGAACACUGAGAAGUUCUAAACCUAAAGAUUUUAGAACUGAGGAAGAGCUGCUAUCUCACAUACACGAAAAUUACCAAAAGACUGUGGCCGCAGGAGACACCACACUGUAUUCAUGUGCUCGGAACACCAUCUCCAACAUUAAAGCGUUCCUAAAGUCCAAGGGAACCAAGGAAUUAGAAGAAGCCAGUCUGGAGAUGAACUGCCUAUAUCAAGUAAGAAACAACUUCUUGAAAACUAGCAAAAGUCUUCGACAGAACGUAGGAAAACUGGAUAAAGAAGGCAAAGUCAGAGAGUGCCAGCUUCAGGUGUUCCUUCGUUUGGAGCUGUGUCUGCAGUGCCCUUCAGUACAUGAACGUGCAGAGGAUCUGGAGCAAGUAGUGGAUGAGCUGACAGAUUUGCUGCGCAUGGUGUGUUUAACUGAAGAUUCAGCAUACCUAGCACAGUUUCUGGAAGAAAUUUUGGAAUUGUAUAUUGACUCAAUCCCAAAGAUACUGGGAAGUCUUUACGACAGCCUAGGAUUUGUGAUUCCUCAGAAGCUGGCUGGUGUCCUUCCUGCAGAUUUUUUCAGCGAUGACUCCAUGACCCAGGAGAGCAAAUCACCCCUUUCUGUGCCUCUUACUUCAAACGCUCAUAGGUCAGUGUCUGGCAGCACUGAAUCUGACCAACUGGAGGAGCUUCGUACCAGAUCAGCUAAGAAGAGAAGGAAAAAUGCAAUCAGACAUAAAAGCAUCACAGAGGUUUCGCAAAAUCUGCGACAAAUUGAAAUUCCCAAAGUUACCAAGAGAGCUACCAAAAAUGAGAAUUCUCACCCUACCCUUCAGCAGCCUUCACUCCCAGUGAAAGACACAGUACAAGAAGUAACCAAAGUUCGAAGAAAUCUCUUCAACCAGGAAAUGAUUUCUCCUUCAAAGAGAUCUGUAAAGAGGGGGUUGCCCAGAAGCCAUUCAGUGUCGGCUGUGGAAGGUCUGGAGUUUGCACAUGACAACUUUAAGAGGACCAAAGGUUAUCGCAAGCUGCUGACCAAGAGUGUGGCUGAGACGCCAGUACACAAGCAAAUCUCUGGAAGGCUGCUUCAUAGACAGAUCAAGGGCAGGUCCUCUGAUCCUGGUCCUGAUAUUAACAUCGUUGAAGAGUCCCCAGAGAAAGGAGAAGAUGUGGGGAGUUUGAGACGAAGUCCUCGAAUCAAGCAGUUGGCGUUCAGCAGGACGAACUCGGCUUCCUUCUACUCUGUGUCUCAGCCAAAGUCUCGAAGUAUACAGAGAGUUCACUCAUUCCAGCAAAUGAAGUCAGACCAAAGAGAAAACUCUCCAGUCCAAAAUAUUCGGUCUCCCAAGAGACUUCUAUUCGGGGCAGUGUCUGAGAUGAUCAGUCCCUCAGAGAAGGGCUCAGCACGGAGUAAAAGGCCUUCAGGAAACACUCUGGGUUCUGAAAUACCUACAGCCUAUCAGACGCCUGAGAAGAGUUACUGGAAGUCUCCAAGCUCUUGUAAAGCCACACCAAGAAAGGUCCCUCAGACACCACAGACUCCACUGCGCACCCCAGAAAGGCUGCAGAAAUCCCCUGCGGAAAUGACCCCUGCCAAACAGGUCAUUUUUAAGGAAUUCUUAAAAGACUUCUCCCCACAUGGCUGGGAUUCACUAUCGCGACCAAAAGUCACCCCUCGGAAAGGACAUUCCCUGGCAAAAGGUGCCUCUCCUCUUGAAAAGGUACCGAGAACUCCUCAGAGACAAGGUGGUCAGCCCCCCAGAUUUUUGCAGAAUUCUUCUUGGCCAUGUUUGGCGGACUCCAGUCCAGAAAGCACUUCCUGUCCAGCAGCCCUGGUUUCAUCAACUGCCCAGACCAGGAGUGAGUGUCUGACCCCCAGCAGAUCCUCUGCUCGAGCACCUCCCAGGGCAGCAGCCUCGGGGCUCCAGAAACAAGCCGCUUCUGAGGGCACAUCUCCAAGUCAGAAACACCAGCUCCCCCGGGGCUCUGAAGCGCCCCAGGCAGAGAAGCUGCCGCAGCUGUGGAAUAACAAAGCUGUCAAAACCCCAGAGAGACCAGGGAACGCAGCUCUGACUUCUCCAAAAAAACCCGUUACCUCUCCUUCACGUGGUAUUUCUAAGAAGAGUUCACUUGGGUUAUUUCCCAUAGCAUCUCCUUCCUCUGGACAAGUGGGCUGGCAAGAGGCCCAGAAAUCACCCAGCGUCACCACACCUCCUUCCUGUCCUGCUCCCUUGACGCCCCCCAGUGCUUCACAGGUAGCUCCGUCUGACCUCUGGCCCCCUCCGCCCCCUUCUAAACAUGGGAAACGGCAUAAAAAGACCUUGGAAACAGAACAAGAGUUCCUGGAGGGCCAGCCUGACAGCUUGGCUCCUCUGAGGGCUGCCAUAACUGACAACCCAACUGCCAUCACAGACGCUGGAAAGAACCAGAAGGCAGUGACCCUCUCUCCUCCAGCUUCGUCUGAAACACACAGUUACCCUGGACCUGGCUUUGGGGGGGACUGGCACACGUCCUCUCCUUUGCUUGUUGCAACAGACUCGGACUGUCUCACUCUCCUGGAUGAAGCUGAGCACCAUGGCCGUGAUAACUUAAAAAGCAGCAUUUCACCCCUGGACGAAGGUGAGGGGUUAAGGCCAGGUACAUGUGAGAAGCCGUCUCCAUGUGACCCCGGGAUUCCUCCCACCUCUCCUUCCUCUGGGCCCCGCUCUCCGCUGACCCCCCACUACGACGCGCACUGCAUGGCGGGCACGAAGCAGCACCAGGCGGCCACGCAGCUCGAGGAUCAGCAGGCGUCAGCCUGGCCCUGCAGAGCCCCUGCCAGCCCGCAGGCCUAUGAGGUUGAGCUGGAGAUGCAAGCUUCUGGCCUCCCCAAGCUCCGAAUUAAAAAGAUAGACUCCAGCUCUUUGCCAGCAGCCGAGCCCCCGCCAAGGGAGGAGAGCGCCCUCCCCGGUCCCAGUGUGCCCAGGGCCAGCAGGUCCUCGGGCAAACCUGAAGCCCCCUGCCUUCACCCCUCACACAGCACCCCUGGCAAGAGUGGGGGACAGACCUAUAUCUGCCAGUCAUGCACCCCCACCCGCUGCCCCUACAGUACCCCCUCUCCAUUCCAGACAGACGUUGGAGUUCCUUGGACCCCAUCCCCCAAGCACAGUGGGAAGACGACUCCUGACACAAUUAAAGACUGGCCCCGCAGGAAGAGGGCGGUGGACUGCAGCCUCGGCCCCUCUGCUGGGAGGAGCGAGGUCGGUGCCGACCUUCCCGGGGGAGUGUCGCCACUGGAGCCGGAGGGCAAGGAGCGAGGCCUGGAACUUGGCAUUGGCAGGGCCCCCGUCCUGGGGGAGUUUGAGCUGGAGGGCGUGUGUCAGCUGCCAGACCAGUCUCCUCCCAGGGACAGCAUGCCCAUGGCUGAGGAGGCCUUCUCCUGGGGACAGUUUGGGUUGGGAUCUAGGAAGAGAUGCCUCUCCGCUAAGGAGGCGGCUGAACGUCACACGAAGAGGAUCUGCGACCAGCAGGGAGACUCGGAAGAGUGGUCUCCAGGCACGAGUGUUCGCCAGUUACCCUCCACGGCGGACGACGGGGCGUUCGUCCCAGGUGCCACCCCGCCUCCCGGCUGUGCCGUGCGGAGGUGCCUCUCUGCCAGCGGGCUGCAGGCGCUGACCCACUCUCCGCUGCUGUUCCAGGGGAAGACACCCUCCUCUCAACGUAAAGAUGCCAGAGAUGAGGAUGCGGAUGUAUUUUCCCCCACGGCAGAAGACUCUCCUUUCAGCCGGGCAUUCUCCAGGAGACGCCCUAACAUCCGAACUUAUUCACGGAAGAAGCUGCUCAGCUAGUUAGAAUGGAACCGUCUGGGGGACGUGUAACUACAAACACUACCGACUUUGCCUGGAGCCACUGCACUUCCUCACAAAAGUGCUCUGAGAGCAGUUUUCUCUGGACAUACAUGGAAUUCCAGGCGUGUAGAAUAAACACAUGCUUAAGUCAUGUACCCAGAAACCCGGUCCAUCUGAGCCAGGGCCCUGCCAGCCCACUCCUCAUGUAACCCUCAGCUUGCUGCACAGAAACGGGAAUAACCAGGGCUUAAUGGAACUGAGGAAAUUUAAAACCUGAAGGUGAAGUCAGCUAGGUCCCCAUGGCAGAAACAAACUGGUGGCCUGGUCCCAAGCCUCUUUUACCAGGAUCAGCUUUUAGAGUUCCAGUAGAAUGCCUUCAAGUUUUCAAAUCCCCCCUCUGGAAUCCAUCCACCCCCAAGCCCAGCCCUAAUCCACCACGCCUGCCUGGCCUUAGUGAGGUGGUGUAACUGGUGGUAUAACUCAGAGGCGGCCUGGGUGUCCAGAAUCAGACAAGAACUGUAAGGGCAGGAUCCCAUUCCAGCCCCACAUCAACUGACCAUGGCAAGUUCAGAAUACUCUGUGUCACUUGCGAAGUGGGAGAAGGACCCCCUAUGUUGGUCCCUCGAGUUGCUAUAAGGCCAGGACCCCAAGACAGGCAGCACUUGGAAGCAACGUACGCGAAACAGAAGGCCGUGUCACAGGGGUAGAAUAAAGGUUUGCAUUCCCUGUGUAACAAUAAAAUCACCUCUAGCUAUUUAGCAUAUAUAGACAUUCCAGCCUGAGGUUAAAUAUGACCAUGGUCCAGCUCUAGUGGUUUCCAGAGCAGCCAUAUCUCAAGGUCUGCCCUGGGAGCCGGCCAGUCCCCGGCACGGUUCCGGUCCUUCACAGGGAAACCCACCUUAGUCGUGGAGCUGUCCAGGGCACCCCGCAUCCCAGCUGGCUGUCAAGUCCAGGCCAGGGCCUGGGCUAACAGCUGAUUCAGAACCGUCUCACGGUCUCUGAAAAGCUUUCAAGCCUAUUGUGUUUCCAAAUCUGAGUCCUCCUGUGAUCUUAUAAAUAAAACCUUUAAGUUAAACUCCCAUUAUUUUCUCCCUCCAGAGAUUGUUUUAUUAUAAAAUGGUUUUCUGAAACUCAAGCCAAAAGGUGGCAGAGAGAGAGAGACAGGGUGGUGGAGUAGAAGGACUUGUCUCCUCUCAGGAAAACACCAAAAUCACAACUGCUAAACAACCAUCAACAAAAAAGGCUCGAACCUACCAAAAAUACUCUACACCCAAAGACCAAGAAGAACCACAAGACAGGAGGGGCGCUUUCAUGAUGUAAUCAAAUCCCACACCUGCAGAGGUUCUCCCACAGGAGUGAGGUCUGAGCCCACAUUAGGCUCCCAGCCUGGGGGUCUGGCAUCGGGGGGAGGAGCCCCCAGAGCAUUUGGCUUGAGUGCAGGAGCGCCACAGGACUGGGGGAGACAGGUUCCACUCUUGAAGGCACACACAAGGUUUCAUGAGCCCUGGGACCCAGGGCAGAGCAGCUCCAUUAGAGCCUGAACCAGACCUACCUGCAGGUCUCAGAGGGUCUCCUGGAGGCGGAGGUUGGCCAUAGCCCACUGCAAGGGCAGGAACACCAGUGGUGGAGGCCCUGUGGUAUAUUCCUCAGCUGAGCUCUGGAGGUGGAGGUCGGCUGUGGCUUACCAUGGGGACAAGGACACUAGUGGCAGACACCUCGGAAAAUAAUCAUUGGUGUGAGGUCGCCGUUUUUGCACCAAGACCUGGCCCCACCCGACAGCCUGCCGGCUGCCAACUCCAGUGCUGGCAUGCCUCAGGCCAAACCAACAGGGUAGAAACAGUGCCUCCCAUCAGCACACAGGCUGCCUAAAACAGGAGCCAGCAGCCGCCUACAAACCCCUCGACAGAGUCCUGAGCCAGAGGAAAAACCCUGCUCCACCCACCAGUGGGCAGGUACCAGUCCUUCCCAUGGGAAGCCUGCACAAGCCUCUUAAGACCAGCCUCAUCCACCAGGGGGCAGAUACCAGAAUCAAGAAUUGCAAUCCUGCAGCCUGAAGAAGAGACCACAAACACAAAAAAUUAGACAAAAGGAUAUGGCACAGAAAUAGUUCCAGAUGAAGGAACAAGAUAAAACUGCAGAAGAACAACUAAGUGAAGUGGAGACAGGCAAUCACCUUGACUGUUAUGUUUUAUAAAAGAGGAAAGCAUAGGCAGAACAUUCUUCCACACAGAUCACAGAAGUAUCUUUUUAGAUCCACCUCCCAGGGUGAUAAAAACAAAUGGUACCUAAGUAAACUUCAAAGCUUUUGCACAGCAAAGGAGACCAUAAACAAAAAGACAAUCCCCAGAAUGGGAGAAAAUAUUUGUAAACGAAGCAACUGACAAAGGCUUAAUCUUCAAGAUAUACAAAUAGUUCACGCAGCUCUACAUUGGGGGGGAAAAAAAAAAGACAACCCAAUCAAAAAAUAGGCAGAAAAACUAAAUAGACAUUUCUCCA